AGUUGUUUACCAAAUUUCAAGCUCUACGGUUGUUUCGCGCAUGAAGGGCCGCGAAAAAAAACUUGGAGACGACUCGCGUACGUUAAACAGUUAAUUAUAUCCAGCCAACUCGCGUAGAUACCGGCGCUUAUCGCCCAGCUGCAGUCCGUGAUGCUAACUACGCAGUUUAUUUUUUUUGCAAGUGCUUUUGAGUGCCGAAAUUAAACCAAUCCUGCGUAAGCGCCAUCGCAAUCGAGUCCAGUUCAAUCGCCUGCCAAAGGACACAGUAUUCGCCAUGGCCCAAACAGAGGCCAAAACCACGUGCACGCGGCGUCGCCGCCAGUUUUUGCCCGAUGGCCUAUAUCGGCAGCAGCGACAACAACAUUGUUAACGGUUACCACUCAAAUAUAUUGUGUGCUUCAUAAUACCGUUGUGUAUUUUGAAACGGCUUGGAUCGCGUACCGUUAUUCGUGGAUUGUGGCAUUAACUGAACUGGUCGAGCGGCAGUGAUUAGCCUUGUGAUCCCGCCUAUCGCAUGUAGGGAUAAAAACAUUGGCAACAGUUGGAAAUUCGUAAGCAUUUGAAGGCCAAGCAUCAGAUUAAAUCAUCGCAGCUUUCGGAGAACUCAAUACAUUGGAAUUCAGCAUACGGCACGGCAGGCUGUCUCAUUUGCACUCCACCACACUCACAUUCAGCCAACUGAAGACUGAAAAGGAGGAAAAAGAAAGGGAGAACAAGAAGAGGCUCGUAAAAGGGCGCUGUACAGCAAUAACAACAUUUUAUGACGGUCGCAUAAUAAGAUCGAGAAGGCCCCGCCCACUUUCACACAAGCCAGAGGCGCAGAUGAGGAUGCAAAUAACGUGGCACAUGAAGCGUCAAAGUGUUUGAUUUGAUUGUCAGUGGCAGAAGAGAAGAGAGGGGAAGCGAAUCGUUUACCGGCCGAGUUUACACCUGCAACGGGCCGACUGGAACAGAUUGAUUGAUUGAUUGACAGAUUGGCCAGGGGUCGCAGGUCAGAGGUCGGAGGCAGCGUCAGCGGCACCAGCACCAUGAACAAGAAGUCGCCACUGCCGUUGGCGGCAUUUCUCGGCGGCGACGGCAGCGGCGGCAGCGGAAACUGUGCCGCCAGCGGCAGCAGCAAUGUUGCAGCAACUGCGGCGGCAGCGGCGGCGGCUGCAAACGGUUCCGGCGGACGUGGUGGCCGCCAGUCAUCGACGGGCGGCUCGUCGAGCGGCGGCGGGGGAUCAAAGUCGGACAAACAGGCGGCACGGGAGGCGGCCGGCGGCGGGGGCAGUCUAUGCGGUUGCCAGAAGGCGCCCAAGUCGCACUGCAUUUCAGCAACAGGCGUGCUUUUGUUGGUGCUGCUCUACACCGCCAUGGGCUCCAUCGUUUUCGUGACCCUCGAGGGCGAAUUGGAGGAUGGUGGCGCUCUGGAAACCGCUGUGGCCGCCUCCAAGCCAUAUCCACGCACCGAACUGGCCAACGCCGAGAUACGAUCCAGAACUGUGGACCGCUUGUGGUCGAUAACGGAGGACCUCAAUAUAUUGUACAAGGAGAACUGGACGCGCCUCGCCGCGCAGGAGGUGCAGCUGUUUCAGGACACUUUGCUGCGGGCGGUGCGACAGUCGAAGGUUUAUCCACCCGGGGGAAUCCAGUUGAAUGCGCCCACACAUAAAUGGACCUACGCCUCGGCCUUUCUCUACUCUCUGACAUUAAUUACGACGAUAGGCUAUGGUGGCAUUUCACCGCGGACGCAGUGGGGUCGAGUGGCGGCCUUGGUGUACGCCCUGUUCGGAAUACCCAUCGUGCUGCUCUACCUGUCCGCCAUGGGCGAAGCCCUCUCGGCGGGAAUGCGCUGCCUGUUCCGGCGCCAGCGUGUGAAGGGUGGACCUGGUGGCGGAUCCGGUGGCGGCGCCGCCGGUGGUGUGGGCUCGGGCGCCGGGGGAAGCGGUAGCAGCCGAAAGGCGGACAAAACCAAGGGCCAGGUGCACUACGGCCACCAGAAGUUGCAUCAGUACGGCCUGCCGCCAUCGGUGUACCAGCAGCAGCAAGCGCAGCAAGCGCAACAGGCACAGCAGCAGCAGGCGCAACAAGCGCAGCAGGCGCAGCAACAGCAGGUGCAGCAGGGCAAGAAAUCCUCGGGCAGUCGCCGGGGCUCACCUAGUGUUCCCAUCUCCAUCUGUGUGUGCGUGCUGCUCUGCUAUGUGAGCAGUGGUGCGAUUCUGUUCCACAAACUGCAGAACUGGAGUGUCCUGGAGUCACUGUACUUCUGCUUCACGUCGCUGGGAACCAUUGGAUUCGGUGAGAUGGCGCCCAAUGGUGCAGUGGCUCUCUAUACGGCCUCCGCCUACAUUCUGGUCGGCAUGGCCGUGGUGGCCAUGUGCUUCAGCCUCAUCCAGACGGAGAUCGUACUGUGGCUGCGCCGGUUCAGCGUGCAGGAUCACGUGAUGCCCAAGGCCGAGGAACUGGCUCUAGUCACUGUGGCGGUCACACCGAAACCCUCCUGACAGCGACCCAGUGCGGAUCCCAGUCUGGGCGUCGGAUUGGGUGUGGGUCUGGCCGGCGGCGCCCUGGGGCAGCCGCAAAACAAUCUCGGCCAGCACCAGACCAUGUUCUUUGGACCCGCCCACACGCUGACGCAGUACAGUUCGCUGCCGCGCAGGAGUCACCUGCAGGCGGCCAACAGUUCCGGCGGAGGAUCGGCCUUCCAGCGGAACACGCCCAUCCGUAGGUCGACGGGCAUACCGGAGCACCAUCUGGAGUACUUUGUGCCGCGCAGCAUCAGUGAGUUUAAUCUGUCGGGAGUGGGCGAUCUCGCCCUGCCGCCACCCCGUCGAUAUUCACCCAACAUGGUGGGUGGUGGUGGAGGAAUGGGCGGCAUGGGCAUGAAUAUGGGUGGCAUGGGCAUGACCAUGGGCAUGGGCAUGGGCCUGCCACAUGGCCUCCAGUUGGGUCCACCCCAGACGCUGCUCUGCUCGGCCACGCCCACUGUGCAGCAGCAACAGCAGCCGCCUCCGCCGCCGGCACAGCUGCAGAUCGUCACUCUAAAGCCGCGCAGCGAAAAGAUGGUGACUUUCGAGGAUGAGUCAAAGCAGGCGGUUGGCGGUGGAGCAGUUGGCGGAGGCGCCGGCGGCUCGGGAACGCCACCGCAUUGUCCACACGGAGUGCCGACCACUCCGCGAAAAUCGCCAGCCGUGGGCGAUAUAUUCAUGUGACCAGGAGCGCAGGACGAGGCGGCCCAGUUGGAUGCAGCAAUGCGAUUGCGCGACAGCAUCGAUGAUGCGCUGUGUCCAAAAGUUGGACCGGCGCCAGGUGAAGUGAUACGUGUCUAAGAAACAAAAGGAACAUUCUGAACACAAACACUCACUCACACACACACACCAACACACUGUAAGUAAAUGCACACACACGUAUAUAACCAAAAGAGAGUAUAAUAGAAAAACAUUGCCUACUUUUGAGGGCCAAUACUCUCAACUUGAAGUUCAUUGUGUUUUUCAGCAUAUAAGUAUAAAUAAAACAUUGAGCAAAUAUUUAUUAUUAUGUGUGUAAAUAUAGCAUACAAAAAACCACAAAGAAGGCAAACAACUAAAGUUGAAUCGCACUUUGCGACAGAAUGAGAGAGUGAAUUAAAAUUAAAAUU